GGUCUCAUGCGAGAGAUGGUGCUUGCAGCUGCCUUUGGUGUUGGUCCAGUCAUGACGGCCUUCAGCUAUGCGUCGCUCAUCCCAACCUUCUGCCUGUCGCUACUCGGAGGUGUAAACGGCCCCUUUCACAGUGCCAUCGCCUCAGUCCUAAGCAAAGGUGCUGAAAGGGACGCUGGGAAGGACACUGAGAAGGGGGCUGAGAGGAGCGGCCGGAAUCCAGCGAGGGAGCAACAGGAGCUGCUGGUGCUGGUCUCGGUGAUAGUAGCCCUGGUAUCAGUUGUUGCAGCAUUGUUGAUAUUUCUCUGCGCACGACCCAUCAUAGACCUUCUUGCACCGGGCCUCUCUUACCCUCCAGCAGCCCUCGCCAGUGAUCCAUCAGCAGUGGCAUCAUUCGCUCUAACCCGCCAAGUCGCCAUCUCACAGCUGCGACAUAUGGCCCCCAGCAUCGCCCUCGCUCCUCUCAUUGGCAUCGGCUUUGGAACGCUCAGUGCGAGAGGGGAGUUUGCCAUUCCGUCCCUCUCCCCGUCCCUCUCCAGCCUCUCCGUUCUGGUUGGGAUUGCCUUUUUCUUCGCUCUGUGUCGCUGGUACCCCAUUGCCUCACCACAACGCGAGAUUAUAGCAACCAUUGCAUCGGGCAUGCUGCAAAUCGCCACCUUCACAGACCUCUACUUUGCUUCCUUCCUUCCCGGCACCGCUGCUGCUCUCGGCUACGCCAAUCUUCUCGUCAUGGCACCCCUUGGCAUUCUCUCAACCGCCCUCCUUGUGCCGCUGCUGCCUGCCUUUGCCCGCUUGGCUCAUCCUAAGGAUCGCCCACUCUUAAAGGAUAGCUUGCGACGAGGGCUGGUCAUGGCGAUGGCCGUAACUCUCCCAAUGACAGCUGUCAUGCUCCCAUUGGCCCGUCCCAUCGUUCGAAUUGUCUUCCAGCGCCGCUCCUUCGAUGCCUCUGCCACCUCCCUCGUCUCCUCGCUCCUCUCCUGCUACCUCCUCGGCUCCCCUUGCUACUUGGCUCGGGACGUGCUCGUUCGUCUCUUCUACUCCCUCGCUGACGGCACCACGCCCUUCCUUAUAAGCACGUUCGCUAUAGCAGCCAACGCGGUCUUGGAUUUCCUGUUCGUGAGCCGCUGGGAGUUUGGCCCCCAGGGCCUUGUGCUCGCUACAGCCGCUGUGAACACUGCCUCGGCUGUAGCGCUGCUGUGGCUGGCGCACAGGAGAAUGGGAGGCCUCCCUCUGUCGCUCUGGUGGCCCUCAUUCUCAAUUCUCUUCCAAUCAGCCGCAGCCACAGCUAUCACUGUCACAGCCACGCACAAGCUCCUCUCUACCGCGCUCACAGCCGCCUCUCACUCGCUCUCCUUGCGUCCCACAUGGGUGUGGUUACUAGACGCAGCAGCACUCGGCACGACAGCUGCUGCAGGAUUUCUUGUGUUCUGCGCCCUUGUGGUUACCAUGCGGUUACCAGAGGCCAUGCCGUUGUGGGCCCGAGUGAAAUCGCUCUUGCAGAAGUAUAGGUUGCUGAAGCUGAGAACUAGUGCUCGGUCUUGA